UUAGUAAAAUAUUUGACACAACCAGCCAUAACAUGGAAAGAAUUCUUAAAGUCAAAUGUGACAAAGAUCGCGACUUCCAAGGGCUCUCCAACGUCUACACAAAGCAAUGCAGAGUCUACUGGUUCACUUCCCUUCCACCUAGCGUUGUGAGUGCGUGUGCAAUUUCAGAGGUGAAAAAUAUUGAACGGGUAUUUCAAGCAUGAACAGUCGCACUAGACAGCCCAGUUCCAGACAAUAGCGGCCAUAUAACCAGCAUUUCACACUCAGAUCAUGAUGGGAUUGUAAAUUCGAGUCAGGUUAAAGUCAAUACAGAGCAAGAACAAAUGGCUGCAGACAAUGAAACUCCACUCAAACCUCACUCACCAGUCACCAGAUCACACAUGGGUUUUACAAUGGCAAGUUCGAAAUGCCCAAGAGGAAAGGCGGACUCGCAAUAGUCAAACUCAAGAAUGGAAGCAGAAUGAGAUGCCUCCGUCAGCCCAGAAAGAACAAGCACAGAAACUAACAUGUUCAACAUUACUCUGAAGCGCAUCGGUGACAGCUUCGCAACGAAGUCGAUGAAAAGCAUGGCUUGUGAAGGUACCUUCGAACACAUCGGAGGGCUCAACACACGGCCGAACGAACUCUCUCAGACUGAAGACACCUAUGUGGUCAACAAAUACUCACUACCGAAGCGGCUGGUCUGUGGAGUCAAAGACAAAGUCUGAAGUCAGGCUGAACUUGACUUCAAAGGUAGGUACAGCAAGCAGAACCUGGCGUUGCUGAGUUUCAAGAAGUCCCAGAAAGAACACAGUCUGGCUAAAACUCAGUUACCGAGGCUGACCAAAAUCACAGCGAAGAAGAAAGGAGCAAAGGCCAUGGACGCAGGUUGGAUGCCAAUAAACAUAAUUCAAAAGAAAAAUAGCAUGGGAAAGAAAAGUGUACAUAGAGAGUGGACACCAAUUGGGAGAAGUGAAGGCGGCUCUGCCAUUCUUAAAGAAACAGAAAUUUUCGAUGAAAAUAAUGAUACCUUAAAAAAAAUAAACCAAGUAAUAGUAGGCUCUGAAUUUACCACACCAAGAGCUUCCUCUAUCGAAGGCAGAGAAAUUCCAAAAUAACACCGCUAUCUCCACUAUAAAAAUCAAUCACCACCCUCCUAAAAGAACAACUCAUCCCUAAAAAUGCUAAAACCACACCUAAGACACUUAAACGCCCCUUAAAACACCCAAAACCACCCAUUCCUGCUCAAAACCCCCUCAAAAAUCCAAAACAACACCCAAACAACCUAAAAACCCUCAAAAGAACCCUUCAGAACAAAAAAGUCCUCCAUCUCAGCAGAAAAUCACCGGCUGCAAAACUUUCUGAGGUUAGCAUAAGGCAAGGAAUUUAUGGUGCAAAUGCUGAGAAAUUGGGUCAAGGAAGGGAUGGAAGGAAGAUACCGAGGUCGGAUAGGGUGAAUAAUGAGUAUAUGAAGAAGAACAGGCCGGUACAAGGGAGUGAAAUUCGAAAUAUGAUAAAUGAAUGAUAUGUAAACAAACCUGAACAAACAUUAAAUUCUCCACAAGAAGGUACUGAGCUUUACCUUCAAUAUCUCCAGUUCAAGUCAUCAAAAUAUCAAAAAUCUACAGUUUCUUCAAAGUCUGAGAAAAUGGAAAAUUUUCAGUUAUAAUUCUAUUUU